AGAAAAAACUGGGGGAGAAAAGGUCCAUCGUUCUAGUAGGGUUUUUCAGUGGAAGAAGAAGAAACCCUUUUUCAGAUUAAUCUGUUUCAACAACUUUUAAAUUCUAAUACCAAAGACAAUCAUAAGCAAUGCACUCCCCAGUUCUCGUUCUGAAGGAUUCGUUGAAGCGGGAGUCCGGGACUAAGGUUCACCAUGCUAAUAUCCAAGCCUCCAAGGCUAUUGCUGACAUUAUUCGAACAACAUUGGGUCCUCGAUCCAUGUUGAAAAUGCUCCUUGAUGCUGCUGGAGGUAUUGUCGUUACUAAUGAUGGAAAUUCCAUCCUAGGUGAGUUAGAUAUUGCACACCCAGCAACAAAGGCAUGAUAUUCCACCAUGCAUC